AUGUUUGCAUGGAAUUUACAAUGUUGUAUCGCCACAUUGCGGCCUUUCGUCUCAGUCUCUUCAUUUCGCCAGAUUAGGGUUUCCACGAUCGAUCCAUCCUUCCAGCGGGAGCUCCUCGUCGCGGCGCAUGCCGCCCUCCCUCGCUACUCUCUCGUCGCCAUCGCUGGAUUGCACGCGAUCGCCAUCGUACUCCCGAAAUAUAGGGUUCGUGGAGGAGAGCGAUGGAGCUCGCCGCGGCGAUCGGCGCUGCAGCUGAGGAGGAGGAUCAAGCGCGAGCGUCGUGAAGAAGCAAAGAAAUCUUCCUCGAUGGGGAACGGUCCCAGCAACAGGAGGAAUUCUCGCAGCUCUCAGCAGCAGCAGCCGCAUCCAAGGGUAGGAUCUCCUCCGCAUGGCGGCGUCCUGCCGAUCGCUGGAAGCUCUGGCCCGGCAUCGCUGGGGCCAUAUUUCUAUUCUCCCAGCUACCAUGGACCUCUUCCAGCAGCCAUGGGCCCGCAAAUCUACCAGCAGGGAUUCAUGCCCAGCAAUGGGCAGUACAUGAUGAACGUUCCUCCUCCAGGCUAUCGUCCCGUGAGUCCGGUGGGAGUUUCUCCUCAAAUUCCUGGCAGCGCCACCGCCGCCGCCGCUAUCCCAGUCGCCCAUCACCAGAAAGCAAACACGAUUCGCAACGACGUCAAUCUCCGCAAGGCCACCUUGAGAAUCGAGAAGGACGAGGAAAAUCCGGGUUUUUAUCUCGUAGCUUUCUCGUUCGAUGCCACGGUUCCUGGCAAUAUAUGUAUUUUUUUUGUGGCCAAGGAAGGUGUGAAUUGCAGCUUGACACCCAUGAAGCCGCAAGUGUUUGAUCCUGUCAAGGUCCCCUUUGACAAAGGUCUGGGACAAAAAUUCCGGCAAGCACCUGGAACAGGGAUAGACUUGUCUCUUUUCGAGGACGAGGACUUAGCUCACGAGGGACAGGACGAAACUUAUGCCCUCGUUGUGCGAGCCGAGACUUAUUCCAGAGAUCCACCGGCUGAUGCUCCAUCCCGAGACACCGAGCCGCUGGGUGCUCCUCUGCCAAAAUGGGUCCAUUCCCAGACGACUCAUGCCGUUGUGGAGCGCAAAGAUGGUGGAGAGUAUGGUGUCCGGGUGAUCAAGCAGAUCAUCUGGGUGGAGGGUGUGCGCUACGAGCUCCAGGAGAUUUACGGGAUCGAGAAUAGCGGUGGUGGCAGCGGGGCCAACUUUGACGACUCGGGAAAAGAAUGUGUGAUUUGCAUGUCUGAGCCCAGGGACACGACAGUUCUUCCUUGCAGACACAUGUGUAUGUGUAGCGAGUGCGCCAAAGUGCUGAGGUUCCAGACGAACCGCUGCCCGAUUUGUAGGUGCCCUGUGGAGCGACUGCUCGAGAUCAAGGUUCCAAAGAAUGAUGCGGAGCAGCAAAGUAAAGAACCGGUUGAAUCGAGCUAUAGAACGUCAGCUAGCAAGUCCGAGGAGGACAGUGACGAAAGAGGAGGAGGAGAUGCUAGCGCGGAAGUUCCAGCUCCAGCUCCAGCUCCCACAGAGAACACUUGCGAUAGCAGUACCAGAGAAGGAGAAGCCACGUCCAAACCACACGACACAAGAUCCUAGUCAUGUAAGCCUAUGUUGCUUCAUUCAAAGUCCGUUACUAUUUCGUUCUGGUUUGAGAGCUGUGAUGAUACACAGAACACGAACCAUCGUUUCAUAUAAAUCUCGGUACAUUGCCAGCAUUAAAGCUUGUGUCUCUGGCAGACGAAACGAUUCAUAGAAA